CUCUAGGGGGCGCUGCCCCGAGGCGGGCGGGAGGGAAAGAGGCGGUGCGAAAACGCGUCUGAACUUGGGCACCGCCGCGGCCCGUAGCCGGCAUCCCCAACAUGGCGGCUCCCCAAGACGUCCACGUCCGGAUCUGUAACCAAGAGAUUGUCAAAUUCGACCUGGAGGUGAAGGCGCUGAUCCAGGAUAUUCGCGACUGUUCAGGACCCUUAAGCGCACUUACUGAACUGAAUACUAAAGUGAAAGAGAAAUUUCAACAGUUACGUCACAGAAUACAGGAGCUUGAGCAGUCAGCUAAGGAGCAAGACAAAGAGUCAGAGAAGCAGCUUCUACUCCAGGAAGUGGAGAAUCACAAAAAGCAGAUGCUCAGCAAUCAGACCUCAUGGAGGAAAGCCAAUCUCACGUGCAAAAUCGCCAUCGACAAUCUAGAGAAGGCAGAGCUGCUCCAGGGAGGAGAGCACUUAAGGCAAAGGAAAACCACCAAGGAGAGCCUGGCCCAGACGUCCAGCGCCAUCACGGAGAACCUCAUGGGGAUCAGCAGGAUGAUGUCCCAACAGGUCCAGCAGAGUGAGGAGGCCAUGCAGACUCUCGUCACUUCUUCACGCACAAUCCUGGAUGCAAAUGAAGAGUUCAAGUCCAUGUCGGGGACCAUCACGCUGGGCCGCAAGCUCAUCACCAAGUACAACCGCCGUGAGCUCACAGACAAGCUCCUCAUCUUCUUGGCCCUGGCCCUCUUUCUUGCCACGGUCCUCUACAUUGUCAAGAAGCGACUCUUUCCUUUCUUGUGAGGUCCCGGGCUCCUGCCUUGACCCUCAGCCCCCGUGUUGGGAUCUGCCCCCCGAGCUCCACCCGACCUCUCAGCCAGGACACCCCCGCUUUGCUCUGGGUGCUCAGCAGCUUGGCUAGAGCACAACUCCCAGUUUUCCACAGGUGGCUGCUGUCCAGGCACGCAGAGCCACAGAGGCAGCAGUCACGGGGCACCGCCGGGACAGUCCUGCCACGUCCUGUGGGGGCUGCCAUGCACAGGGCACUUGGAGUCGUGUCGUUUGGUGCUCCUCCUCCUUCACGCCCAGCUGGGCCCUUAAGUGCCAGAUCUAGUGGCAAGAGAGGAGAGGAGAGAUGGGAGGAAGGAUGGCGGACACUCACAGCCAUUCCUCAGAAAACUUGAAGAUGUUUCACAGAAUAAACGUGUUUGUUUUUACAGGGCA